GGGAUUUCAGUCAAGAAUGUAACGACCCUCGCAAGCAUUUACAUUAGGAUCGAACUUCUUACCCCUAAGAAGAGAGCAGAUCUGCUCUUGGCGAGGUGGCCCUCGCUUUCUACUACUACUUGUUUCUUUGCAUUCCUUUUACGCUUCUGAUCUGCGAGCCGAGCCCUUCUUUUCCUCCUUCCACCUCACUGCUUAUCCUACGCCCACUUCGCCUCCGAUCUCUCGCCUCCGCUCCUCACGCCGCCGGCAAGGUCCGGCUCUCCUUGAUCUGGCUGUCCUCACUCUCAGAUCUGAGGAAUUGCGAAAUGCAAGAUUUGGAUAAUUUUCUCAGCAUUCAAGCGGAGAUUAGAUGCAAUUAUGUGAACUCGGCCUGUGAAGGAAUUUGCUUGAUAUGUGAUGUGAAUGCUUUGGUGUGUGUGUAGGGUUUGAAAAUUGAGUGGAAAGGAUGCUGACGAAGUUUGAGACGAAGAGCAAUAGGGUGAAGGGACUGAGUUUCCAUGGUAAGAGGCCAUGGAUCUUGGCGAGUCUUCACAGCGGCGUGAUCCAGCUCUGGGAUUACAGGAUGGGAACUCUCAUUGAUCGAUUCGAUGAGCACGAUGGACCGGUCCGUGGUGUCCAUUUCCACAAGUCUCAGCCAUUGUUCGUCUCCGGGGGGGAUGAUUACAAGAUCAAGGUGUGGAAUUACAAGUUGCAUAGGUGUUUGUUUACCCUUCUUGGACAUCUUGAUUACAUCCGCACUGUCCAAUUUCAUCAUGAAUACCCAUGGAUUGUUAGUGCGAGUGAUGACCAGACUAUAAGGAUUUGGAACUGGCAGUCCCGAACUUGUAUUUCUGUUUUAACUGGACAUAACCAUUAUGUCAUGUGUGCCUCAUUCCAUCCUAAGGAGGACUUGGUUGUGUCAGCAUCCUUGGAUCAAACUGUUCGUGUCUGGGAUAUUGGUGCCCUGAGGAAGAAAACUGUUGCCCCUGCAGAUGACAUCCUGCGGUUGAGUCAGAUGAAUACGGAUCUCUUUGGCGGGGUUGAUGCUGUUGUCAAGUAUGUAUUGGAAGGUCAUGAUCGGGGAGUUAAUUGGGCAUCAUUCCAUCCCACUCUUCCUCUAAUUGUAUCAGGAGCAGAUGAUCGGCAAGUGAAAAUUUGGAGAAUGAAUGAUACAAAGGCUUGGGAAGUAGACACUUUGAGAGGGCACAUGAAUAAUGUGUCAUGCGUUCUAUUCCAUGCUAGGCAGGAUAUUAUUGUGUCCAAUUCAGAGGAUAGGAGUAUUCGUGUCUGGGACGCUACAAAGAGGACUGGUCUUCAGACAUUUCGUAGGGAGCAUGACAGGUUUUGGAUUCUUGCAUCACAUCCUGAAAUGAACCUUCUGGCUGCUGGUCAUGAUAGUGGCAUGAUUGUUUUCAAAUUAGAGAGAGAGCGGCCUGCUUUUUCUGUGAGUGGUGAUUCUAUUUAUUAUGUUAAAGAUCGUUUUCUGCGUUCCUAUGAGUUCUCAACUCAGAGAGACACUCAGGUAAUGUCAAUCCGAAGGCCUGUUUCUGCCUCCUUGAACCAAGGGGCGAAAACACUUUCUUAUAGUCCUACAGAAAAUGCUGUUUUGAUUUGCUCGGAUGUAGAAGGGGGUUCUUAUGAACUAUAUACUAUACCUAAAGAUAACUUUGGUAGGGGUGAGACUGUCCAGGAGGCAAAAAGAGGUGCUGGAGGAUCGGCUGUUUUUGUGGCUCGAAAUAGAUUUGCAGUUAUUGAAAAGAGCACCAACCAAGUGUUAGUCAAAAACCUUAAAAAUGAGAUUGUCAAGAAGAGUGCGAUUCCUGCUGUUGUUGAUGCAAUAUUUUAUGCUGGAACUGGAAACUUGCUUUGCAGGGCAGAGGAUAGGGUAGUUAUCUUUGACCUCCAGCAGAGGAUUAUUCAUGGGGAGCUUCAAACUCCCUACGUCAGGUAUGUUGCUUGGUCACACGACAUGGAGAAUGUUGCUUUGCUGAGCAAACAUUCUAUUGUAAUAGCUAGUAAGAAGCUCGUACAUCAAUGCACUCUACAUGAGACAAUCCGUGUAAAGAGUGGAGCUUGGGAUGAAAGUGGUGUUUUCAUAUAUACCACCCUGAACCACAUUAAAUAUUGUCUUCCUAAUGGAGAUACUGGAAUCAUCCAGACCCUUGAUGUCCCAGUGUACAUAACAAAAGUGUCUGGAAAUACUGUUUAUUGCUUGGAUCGAGAUGGGAAAAACCGUGCCAUUGUUAUUGAUGCAACUGAAUAUGUUUUCAAGUUGUUCCUUCUGAAGAAGAGAUAUGAUCAGGUUAUGAGCAUGAUUAGGAGCUCUGAUCUCUGUGGGCAGGCCAUGAUUGCAUACCUUCAGCAGAAAGGUUUCCCAGAGGUUGCCCUUCAUUUUGUGAAGGAUGAGAGGAUUCGCUUCAACUUGGCACUGGAGAGUGGUAACAUCCAGGUUGCUGUUGCUUCUGCUAAGGAAAUUGACGAGAAAGAUCACUGGUACCGGUUGGGAGUGGAGGCCCUUCGCCAGGGUAAUGCUGGCAUUGUAGAGUACGCGUACCAGAGGACAAAGAACUUUGAGAGGCUAUCAUUCCUAUAUCUUGUAACAGGGAAUAUGGAUAAAUUGUCCAAAAUGCUGAAAAUUGCUGAAGUCAAGGAUGAUGUAAUGGGUCAGUUCCACAAUGCCCUAUAUUUGGGCGAUAUCAAGGAGCGUGUUAAGAUCUUGGAGAGUGUUGACCAUUUACCGCUUGCUUACAUCGCAGCUAAAGUUCAUGGGCUCCAUGAUAUCGCUGAACGUCUUGAAGCUAAACUUGGAGAUAAUGUUCCUUCUUUACCUGAGGGUAAAUCACCAUCUCUUUUGAUGCCUCCAAGUCCAAUUAUGUGUAGUGGAGAUUGGCCCUUGUUGAGGGUAAUGAGAGGAAUAUUUGAGGGUGGUCUUGACACUGUGGGCAGGAAUGCAGAGGAAGAAGAGUAUGAGGAAGCUGCAGAUGCUGACUGGGGUGAGGAUUUGGAUAUUGUUGAUGUGGAAAAAAUGCAGAAUGGAGACAUCAGCACAGGGUUGGAGGGUGAGGAUGCGCGUGAAGAAAACGAUGAGGGAGGAUGGGAUCUUGAAGAUCUUGAUCUUCCACCUGAGAUGGAUACACCCAAAAAUGCUAGCAAUGCUCGUUCUUCAGUAUUUGUUGCCCCAACUCCUGGUAUGCCUGUAAGUCAAAUUUGGAUCCAAAAAUCAUCUCUUGCGGCUGAGCAUGCAGCAGCUGGCAAUUUUGAUACUGCAAUGCGAUUGUUGAGCCGGCAGCUGGGUAUAAGGAACUUUGCACCCUUGAGACCGUUCUUUCUUGACUUACACAUUGGCAGCCAUGCCUAUCUGCGUGCCUUCUCUUCGGCCCCUGUGAUUUCACUGGCAGUUGAAAGGGGAUGGAGUGAAUCAGCUACCCCUAACGUGAGGGGCCUGCCUGCUCUUGUUUUUAAGUUCUCUCAGCUUGAAGAGAAGCUUAAGGCUGGUUACAAGGCCACGACAGCUGGGAAAUUUACAGAGGCUCUACGGCUUUUGCUCAGUAUUCUCCAUACCAUUCCCCUGAUUGUUGUCGAGUCAAGGAGAGAGGUUGAUGAAGUAAAGGAAUUGAUUAUCAUUGUCAAGGAAUAUGUUCUUGGUUUGAAGAUGGAGCUUAACAGGAGGGAAAUUAAAGACAGCCCAGUUCGUCAACAGGAGCUUGCAGCCUACUUCACCCACUGUAACCUUCAAAUGCCUCACUUGAGACUCGCCUUGUUGAAUGCCAUGACUGUUUGCUAUAAGGCCGGUAAUCUCAACACCGCAGGAAAUUUUGCCAGGCGUCUGUUGGAGACCAACCCAACCAUUGAUAACCAAGCAAAAACUGCCCGUCAAGUCCUGCAGGCUGCUGAAAAGAAUAUGAAAGAUGCAUCCGAGCUGAAUUAUGACUUCAGAAACCCAUUUGUAGUUUGUGGGGCAACAUACGUGCCGAUAUACCGCGGACAGAAGGAUGUAUCAUGCCCUUACUGCAGUUCAAGGUUUGUUCCAGCCCAGGAAGGGCAGCUUUGUGCUGUUUGUGAUCUUGCAGUUGUUGGAUCAGAUGCAUCUGGGUUACUUUGUUCUCCGUCCCAGAUAAGAUGAUCCCGAGAAGCUUAAUCAAAGAAUAUUUUCAACUGUCAGCAGCAAGCAUUGGUUAUGAUAGUUAUUUCUUCGCCACAAGUAGGGGUCCGUAUGUUAGAACCAAACAGUUGGUUCGGUCAGAUUAUAGUUCUGUUAUAUUUUUGGUUCAAUUUCUAUUGUCAGGUUCUCUCUCUCUCUCUCUCUCUCUCUGUGUCCCGCACAAUUGAAUUUUUAUGAUUAUGAAUUAUGAUUUUCACUGUGUAAUAACUUUCUUGAGCGUUUUGGCCUAUAGAUUGUUCUUUGACUUGUGAGAAUAGUGUAUCAGGUUGGUGGAGGGCAUAUUCAGUGCUUUUCCCAGAGAUUUAUUAAUGUGAAUUUCAAUUGGUUGACA